CUAACGUGGUAAACAGCCGAUGCUGAAAUCAACCAGUACAUCAACCGGAGAACACAGCAGCUCUAGGUCGGAUCAUCCAGGGGCACAGGAAAGGGAGCUUUUGCGCAAAAGCUUUUCUGUUUCGAUUGAUUUUGGGGACCGGUCGCCACUAGCCAACGCGUUGCCGCAGCAGACGGAGCUCAAUCCAAUCCAGAAAAAAUACCCUUGGUGAGAACUCGCCCAGCGUCCCGCGUAACUGUUCGGAUCCUGUUCAUCGAGUGUGCGUGUGUGCCUAGCCUGAAAUCAUGAGUAAGCAAUUGGCGCGCCAUGUGGGUCAGCUCAGCAAGCUCCUGAGCAAUGCGACGGCGGCGGCGACCAAUGCGUCCGCCCACAACCACUACUUCACCUACGUUAAUGAGCUGUCGCAUCCCAUUGCCCGCGACCCGCCGAUUGUGAGCCCGGAUGAGGCUGUCGCCUGCAUCAAAUCUGGGGACACGGUGUUUGCUCAGGGCGCUGCUGCCACGCCCGUGGCGCUGCUGAAUGCGAUGGCCAAGCACGGGAAGAGCAACAACCUUAAUAAUGUGACAGUGUGCCACAUGCACACGGAGGGUCCAGGAGAGUACGCCAAGCCAGAGUACAAGGACAUUUUCCGUUCCAACUCGUUCUUCAUGGGCGCCAAUGUGCGAAAGGCCGUAGCUGAGGGACGUGGCGACAACGUGCCCAUAUUUCUGCACGAGAUCCCACAGCUCUUCUACAAGAAAAUUGUGAAGCCUGAUGUGUCCUUCAUCCACGUUUCGCCGCCUGACCGCCACGGCUACUGCUCACUAGGCACCAGUGUUGACUGUGUGCGAGCUGCUCUGCUUAACUCGAAGCUUAUUGUGGCUCAAAUUAACCCCAAGAUGCCGCGCACGUUCGGCGAUGCCAUUAUCCACAAGUCGCAUUUCGACUUCGCCAUCGAGACGACCGACGACCUGCCGCAACACGGCACAGGCGAGAUCUCUGCUGUUGAGCAGAAAAUUGGUAAACUGAUCGCCGAGAAUCUCGUCAAGGAUGGUGCCACACUGCAGAUGGGUAUCGGCAGUAUCCCCGAUGCCGUACUCGCCGCCCUGCACAACCACAAGGAUCUGGGCAUUCACUCCGAGAUGUUUGCCAACGGCGUCGUCGAGCUCGUGAGGAAGGGUUGCGUCACCAACAGCAAGAAGAAGAUGCACCAAGGUCGAAUUGUGGGAUCCUUCCUAAUCGGUGACCAGGCUCUGUAUGACUUUGUCAACGAUAAUCCCUUCAUCGAGAUGUACGCCAUCGACUACGUAAACAACACCAGCAUCGUAAAACAACAACCCCGAAUGACGGCCAUCAAUAGCUGCAUUGAAGUGGACCUGACCGGACAGGUUUGCUCAGACUCGAUUGGCACUCGCUUCUACUCUGGCUUUGGCGGCCAGGUGGACUUUAUCCGUGGCGCCGCGGAGGGACUCGAUGGACUGGGUGUUCCUAUUAUUGCUAUGCCCUCGACCACCAAUAAGGGCGAGAGUAAAAUCGUCCCCACACUGAAGCUUGGCGCUGGCGUGGUCACUUCUCGGGCCCACGUCCACUAUGUUGUCACGGAACACGGCAUCGCCUCGCUGUUCGGAAAGAAUGUGCGUCAAAGGAUGUACGAACUCAUCCAGAUCGCCGAUCCCAAGCACCGCGAAACCUUGGAAAAGGACUGUUUCGAGCGCAUCAAAGUGAUGCCGUCUCCAAAUUAAGCACCGCCACCUAUAGAAAACAAUUUCUGGGUAGCAUCCCCUUGUAGCAUUCUUUGAAGGCAUUCCCGAAAUUGUUUCAUCAACUUUUUAGAUCUGCAAUCACGAUAUAGCCCCAACCAUUACCAAAUUUUUUAUUUAAAUUGACGAGUGAAACUUUCAUUUGAUAAAUAAAACUGUAAACGAAUGGAAA